AUGGCUGGGCAGAAGGAGACUACUCCGGACGGCCGUGCCCUGUCGCGGGAGGAGAUCCCGGCUCGCGAGGGUUCCUCGUGUCUGACUCCUAAUUUGAUGCGGGUGUGUCUUGCUGAUACUGAUUUACAGUCGGUUGGAGGUGAAUACUUUGGUUGGGGCGGCGACGACGAGGAAGGCUUGGACGAGGACGUCGAGGAAGGCUUGGACAAGGAUGACGAGGACGAUGAGGAAGGCGUGGAUGAGGACGACGAGGACGACGAGGAGGGAGAUGACGAGGACAACGAGGAGGCUGGUGACGAGGAAGACGAGGACGACGAGGAGUGGGGUGACGAGGAAGACGAGGCAGAGUUCUAUCUCGGUGAGUCGGCCUUGAUGGCGGAGCAGACCGCUAUCCUGGAGUCCAUCCAAGAUGAGGCGUAUGUGGAGUCCAACCGGCGCUUCCUCCUGGAAGAACAGGCGAAGACCGAUGUGCUCUUCGACGAGCUGGAUGCGGAGCUGCAGGCGGAGGCCAACGACGUCGAUGUCAGAAUGGAGAUAGUGGACAUCUUCGACGACGGGGAGUAG